AUGUCGGACGACGCCUCAUACGCCGCUUUUCUCGACAAAGCCAACGCGGACCCCAAAGCCAGCAUCUCCCAGUCGACGUCGACAUCGCAAUCACGUUCGAAAUUCGACCCUACAACCAGCACGUCCUCCUCACUCCCGCCGUCGCUACAAUGCCUCCCGGAUGUCACAUACACGUCGGAUACAGACUCACCCUUCGAGCCCGUGCUGCUAAACUACUCGGGCUAUAAGCUGCCGAGUGCCGUGGAAUUCGCCAAGUGCGUGGCCGGGAAGGCACCAGGCAAUGUGGAGGAGUUGAGUGUUGAUGAUUUUGAUCCUCGCGGCGAGUAUAAGGAGGUGAUUCAACGAGUGGAACAGGCGGGGUCCGGGGACGUGAAGGUGUAUAGAGUCGAAGUCAGCAAGACCAGAGCUGAGUACUAUAUCUUGACGCUGGGAGAGGGGAUGUUGAUCGGAGUUGUUGUUAAGGCAGUAGAAAGCUGA